GGGCCGGGGCCGGGGCGCGGGCGCGCUGCGGGGCCGUUCCGGGCCGUUCCGGGCCAUGGCGAGCUCGGAGCGCAGCGCGCUGCUCACCUACCGCCUGUGCGGCGGCUCGGCCGAGGAGGAGCGGGGCCGGGAGCGCGGCCGGGCCGCCGCCGCCUCCUCCUUCUCUUCCUCCGCCGCCGCCGCCGCAGCCCCCCGCAAGCUGCCCACCUUCCUGGGCGUCGUGGUGCCCACGCUGCUCUCCAUGUUCAGCGUCGUCCUCUUCCUGCGCCUCGGGUUCGUGGUGGGCCACGCUGGCUUGUACCAAGCUCUGGCCAUGUUCGCCGUGGCGUACUUCAUCAUCGGCAUGACGGUGCUGUCCGUGUGUGCCAUCGCCACCAACGGGGCGCUGGAUGCCGGGGGAGCCUACUAUAUGAUCAGCCGUGCCCUGGGCCCAGAGUUCGGGGGCAGCAUCGGGAUCAUGUUUUUCCUGGCCAACGUGUGCGGCAGUGCCCUCUACGUGCUGGGGCUGGUGGAGGCGGUGGUGGACAGCUUCGGGAUCCCACCUGGGCAAAAAGCGGGUACGGGCGUCCACGUCCUGCCCCAGAGCUACUGGUACGAGCUGCUCUACGGCACCAUCCUGCUGGCCCUGUGCCUCGUCGUGUGCCUUGUGGGCGCCUCCAUCUACGCCAAGGCCACCUUCCUCAUCUUCCUCAUCGUCGCGGGUGUGCUGGGCACCAUCCUCGUCAGCUUCUUCGCCACGCGGCCCCUCGGGGUGCCCAUCCGCAUGCCGCACCUCAACAGCUCGGAGACCGAGAACGGCAACUUCACGGGCUUCUCGCUCGCCACCCUGCGGGAAAACCUGGGCGGCGGGUACGGGGUGGACUACACCACGGGGCAGAUGAUGAGCUUCAGCUCCGUCUUCGCGGUGAUGUUCAACGGCUGCACCGGCAUCAUGGCAGGCUCCAACAUGUCAGGGGACCUGAAGCGCCCGAGCUACUCCAUCCCGCGGGGCACCAUCUCCGCCGUGCUCUUCACCUACCUCGUCUACAACCUCCUGGCUUUCCUCAUGUGUGCCACCUGCAGCAGGACCCUCCUGCAGAAGGAUUACGGCUUCCUGCGUGACAUCAGCAUCUUCCCACCCCUGGUCACGGUGGGCAUCUACGCUGCUACCCUCUCUGCAGCCAUGAGCAACCUCAUCGGGGCAUCCCGCAUCCUCUACGCCCUGGCCCGGGAUGAUCUCUUUGGCCGGGCGCUGGCGCUUGCCAAGAGGACGUCUGCGAGCGGGAACCCCAUCAUGGCAGUGAUCCUCUCCUGGCUGGUGGUGCAGCUGGUGCUCUUCUCCGGGAAGCUCAACACCAUCGCGGGGGUCGUCACCACUUUCUUCCUGCUGGUUUAUGCCACCGUCAACCUGGCCUGUCUGGCGUUGGAGUGGGCAUCAGCCCCCAACUUCAGGCCCACCUUCCGCUACUUCAGCUGGCACACGUGCCUCCUGGGCAUCGCCGGCUGCUGCGUCAUGAUGUUCCUCAUCAGCCCCGUCUCGGCCUCGGCGAGCCUGGGCUUCCUCCUCCUCCUCCUCCUCGCCCUCCACUACCUCUCGCCCAGCAGCACGUGGGGCUACAUCAGCCAGGCCCUCAUCUUCCACCAGGUGAGGAAGUACCUGCUGAUGCUGGACGUGCGGAAGGACCACGUCAAGUUCUGGCGCCCGCAGAUGCUGCUGAUGGUGCAGAACCCACGGAGCAGCCCCCGCCUCAUCGACUUCGUCAACGACCUCAAAAAGAGCGGCCUCUACGUCCUGGGCCACGUGGAGCUGCAGGACUUGGACGCGCUGCCCUCGGACCCGCUGCAGCCCCAGCAGGACUCGUGGCUGGGCUUGGUGGACAAGCUGAACGUCAAGGCCUUCGUCAGCCUCACCCUUGCGCCCUCGGUGCGGCACGGCGUCCGGCAGCUCCUCUUCACCUCUGGCCUCGGCGGCAUGCGCCCCAACACCCUGGUGCUGGGCUUCUACGACGACGCAGCGCCUCGGGACGGCCUGGCCCAGCACCCUGCCUUCACCAGCGCCCGCGAGGAGCUGCCCCUGGGCUUCCCCCCGCUGCGGGCGCCCGCCGCCCCCAAGCUGCUGUCCCCACGGGAGUACGUGGGCAUCGUGGCCGACGCCCUGAAGAUGCUACGCAACGUCCUGCUGGCCCGGCAGCUGGAGAGCCUGGACAAGGCCUGGGAGCUGCGUCGCGCCGCCAGCCCCCCACCCACCAUCCACGUCUGGCCCGUCAACUUGCUGCGGCCCGACAGCGCCCGCUACGCCGACACCUGCAGCCUCUUCCUGCUGCAGAUGGCCUGCGUGCUCAACAUGGCGCGGGCCUGGCGCCGGGCCCGCCUGCGCCUCUUCCUCUGCGUGGAGGCGGGCGCCAUGCCCGGCGCCCAGGAGGACAAGCUCCGCCAGCUCCUCAAGGACCUGCGCAUCCAGGCCCAGAUCCAGCUGGUGCCCUGGGACUCCGUCGUCCGCCUGCACUGGCAGGCCCAGCGGGGGACCCCGGGGGGCCCGGUGCCCGCCGAGGAUGAGGAUGAGGAUGAGGAAGGGGCGGCUGUGAACUUCCCAGCCAACGCCACCCAAGUGUCGGAUGAGUAUGUCUGCGCCGCCAACAAGAUGGUGCUGGAGCAGGGCCCGGCGCCCGCCGUCCGCUUCCUCUACCUGCCGCGGCCGCCGGCCGACACCAGCCUGUACCCGCUCUACCUGCGGCAGCUGGAGCUGCUCACCCGCGGCCUGGGCCCCACCGUGCUGGUGCACGGGGUGAGCGCCGUCACCAGCACCCAGCUCUAGGGUGUCCCCCCCGUGUCCCCCCACCCUCCUGUGGCCAGUGCCUUACAGCCCCAGGCUGGGCACAGCGAGGGGGGAAACCUUUCCCCUCCUGCUGUCCCCGAGCUGCUUGGUGGUGACUCCAGCCUCGUGGUGCUGGGAGGAGAAGGUGGAGGGUUUGGGGUGCUUUUGGGGAGGCACAGGGUUAAAGCUGCCCUGGCAGGAUCCGGGUGCUCGGUGCAUUCGCUGUGCCUUUUGUGUGGGGAGACGGUGGGGUCCUGGGGCUGUCCCAGUUUGUUACUGGGAGCCCCUCGUCCACAGCCACCCCCCUCCUGUGCUCUCCUCUUGCACCGCCACCCCCCAGCCUCUCCUCCGCAGGCUCCUCCGGGCACCCGGCCAGCAGCGGGGAUUGAUUAAAGGCAGCCUCGACCUUGGUGCCCCAGCUCCCCGCCAUCCUCUGUGCCUUUCAUUAGGGAAAAUUAAAUGGGAAGGGGCUGGGGGAGGGGAACCUUAGGCGCCUGGGCUCCCUGUCUUGGGCUGGGGAAGGGGGGGGGCAGCCCCUUAUGGCUGUAUGGCAGCCCUUUACGACUGUAUGGCACCCCCAGCUGCUGGGUGGGGGGGGUCCAAGCCCCCUGUCCUGCCAGGGAGUUGGGGAGGUGAUGCCAGGAGGGGUUGGUCCCACGGGGCAUCACCUUCCCAUCAUGGCCCUGUGCCCCCAUUCAGCCACUGGGGGGGGGCUGAUAUUGCCCUGACACCCUUCUAAUCCCCUUCCCCAUCUCCUUAUGAUUGCCCCCCCCCCCUUGCCCCACUGUAUUGAUUAGGGGAGGGCAGGAAAUUGCCUGGGUGGCUGGCAAUAAAUCUAUUAGGUGCCUGGCAGGCGGGCAGUGCGCCCAGGAGCUGCCUGAUGGAUCACUUCCUAUUAGCCCUGAUGCAGGGGGGGCUGCUCGGGGCCAGGCUGGGGCUGGGGGGGGGACACAGCAUGGCACAGCUGCCUGUGCCCCCCCUUACCACGCCGGUGCUAGUAGGCAGCUCUGCUUGGCCAGAGGUAUGGAAAGCCUUGGGUACCUGGGUGCUGCUGGGGGGGCUCUGUUGUUCCCCGCCUCUUGCAGGGGUUUGUGCCUAAGUUUGAGCCCAAAUCUCCUCCCCCAGCGGAGGGUUCGGGGCUGGCUCUGCUGCUGGCGGCAGGAAAUUGGGCACCCCAGGGUGGGCACGGCACAGCCCCCGACCCCAGCUGCCUGCUGGGUUUAUUUACAAACAGGCGGGAGCCGGCACAGGGCAGCCGGGCACCACCGGGACCCGGCGGCCUAUAAUGUUAAUUAUCACCACGUAAUUAAAAGCCCAUAAAAAAGCCUCACACUUCAUUAAAUUAAAGCUUCCCUGCACCGUG